AUGCUGUGUGACAUCACACGCGCCGCCAAGCGGCGGCGGCCGCUUCCCUGGCUCUGCGGCGCGCCGGGGGCCAGCGCCCUGCUGGCGCCGCCUGCCGCGUGGCCACAGCAGCAGCAGCAGCAGCAGCAGCAGCAGCAGCAGCAGCAGCAGCAGCAGCAGCAGCAGCAGCACCAACAGCAGCAGCAGCAGUCUGCGACGGAAGACGAGGAGGCGUUCUCUCGGGCCCUGAUCUCCGAAUUCGAUCUCGAGGGGGCGCUGAUCUCUGCCGGAAACGCGCUGCUGUCUGAGGCGCAGGUGGCGCGCGCGCUGCAGCGGAUGGAGGACAACAGAGAGGAGAUGGGGCGGCUGCUGGGGCCCGCGGAGCGGUGA